GCGCGCGAAAGUGUUCUAAUUGCUGCGCUUACAUAUGUACAUAUAAACUAUUAAAUUGGCCAUCAACAUAGAACAUGGAAGAAAACGAGACCAGGACGGAGGCCAGAGAACCCACGGACCUGGCCAAUGGCGAGGAUGACGCGACCAGCCAGCAUAAAUUUAGUCACCUGCAGAAUGAGAUGCGCAAAAUGCAGAACGAGUUCAACACGCAGCGGGCCAAGAUGCGGGAGCUCUACAUGCAGAAGGAGGCGGAGGUCAGCCAGAGCCAGCUGGAGCGCCGCCAGCUGCAGGCGGAGCUGGACGAGCUGAAGACCAAGUGCGUGGUGGCGGACCUCAAGUCCCAGAACGAGUUGCAGAUGAAGGACAUCAAGGCGCAGGAGGAGAUCUCCUCGCUGCAGCAGCUGGUGCAGGACACCAUUGAAGAGUCCGCCCACUACAAAGGCGAGCUGGAACACCUCAAGCUUGAGCUAGCCAAGUACCAGCAAGCGCAUACGCAGGCUCAUCAACAUCCACCUCAGGCGGAGUCGUCCGGCGGAAUAGCGCCACAGGUCCUGAAUCAGGUCAAAAAGACGCUGGGCUCCGUGCGCAAACUGGGCACUGACUCGCUCAACAGCAGCUUUCAGCAGGAGGAGGACACCCGGGCAUCGAGCAAAGGCAAUGGCAAGCAAUUUGCUUCCGAGGAGGUGGAGAUGAUGCACUCCAUCGUUGAGCAGCUGCAGGAAGAGAUGAAGGCCCUGAAGGUGAAGCUGCGAGAACAGGACGAGCAACUGCAGGCCAAGUCGGCGACCGAAGAAUCCGCCCUGCACAAGUCCACGUCCAUGGAUGUGGCUGAGGGUCACUGUGAAUCCUGCAGCUCGGCGGAGAAGAAGACAGAUGAGCUCAAUGCACACAUAAACAAACAACAGAAGCAGGUGGACUUGCUGCAAAAGCAGCUGGUGGAAUCUCGGGAGACCCUGGCCAAGGAGGCGGCGCUGCGCAAGGAUCUGGAGGACCAGUGGCAGGAGAAGCGAGAGGCACACAAAAGCGAAGUACAAAGUCUACGCGACCAGACCAAAACCAACGAGCAGCGUCUACUGGACAUGCAGCAAAAGUUUCUCGAGACCAAGGACGAGGUCAUAAAGCAGAUUCAGCGCGUCACCGACGACCGGGAGCGGGUCAACAAGCAGUUGGAGACGUUGCAGGCCGACAAUGACUUCCUGUCUGGGCGCUAUUUGGCCACGUCCCAGGAGAUUGACAACCAGUAUAUCAACCUGCCAAACACGGUCGUCGAGCUCCAGGAGCUGAUGCUGCGGCAGCAAAGCGAGCUGAUCCAGGCACGAGUCAGCAGCGAGUACGAGCGCCAAAAGUGCACCAGCACUGAGGAUGAGAUUCAGAUCUUGCGGGCCCAGCUGGAGGAGGCCAACAACGAUCGGCGGGCCUACAAGCGCAAGAUGCAACUAGAUAUUAAGUCACUGCAGGACCGGGUGACGGAGCACUUGGUCACGGUGCAGGCGUACGAGACGGCCAAAACCCAACUCGAGCGCAAAGAGGCUGAGCUCAAUAAGCAGCUUUCCGAGUGUCGCGUGGAGAUCAUUGAACUGCAAGAGGCCAAUGAGAAGUACGCCAAGACAAACGCGGACUACAAGACGAAGAUAAAAACGCUACAGGAGGAACUGUCUACCAUGGAGACGGUUCAGAAGGAUUUCGUCAAACUAUCUCAAACUCUUCAGAUGUCGUUGGAGGAGCUGCGGCAUGCCGAUACGGAGGUGCGCUGGCAGGAUGACGAUGACGUGAACAACUGCCCCACGUGCAACGCCUACUUCACGGUCAUGGUGCGCAAGAUCCAUUGCCGGCACUGCGGCCACAUCUACUGCGAUAAGUGUCUAACGAAAACGGUGCCAUCGGGACCCCGGAAGCGAGUGACCCGAGUCUGUGAUAUCUGUCACACGCUGCUCACGCCGAACACCGCUCCCUACUUCAGUCAGGGACAGCCGCCGCAGCAGCAGCAAGGCCAGCAGCAGCAGCAGUCCAACUAGGCGGCAGGGCUCCAAGCCCAGGUUAUUGUGUGUUAUGUGUGAACUACGAUUACGAUUAGUUGGUAUCUCCUUAAACUCUAUUGCUCUUGUUCUGUGCUCCGGUAUACAUAAAACGAUUACGAUUCGAGGUCAAACCUUUCCAAUGCCGCACUGCGUUGCGAGUCAUUUCCACUUUCCAUUUGCCAAUGUCUAAUUUCGAUUAAGCCGUACCUUCUUUGUGCUCUAUAUAACGUAAGCGAUGAGUUGUCUAUGUUAGCUUUUGUCGUAGGUAAGUUUUCAUAAUUGAAUUGAACUCAAAGCAAAUAUACAAAUAAAAAACAAA